UCUCUCUCUCACACACACAGUGUUCUGCAAUCUGUAUCCUGUAGUACUACUCUCUCUGGAAAUGCUAUCCCACCCACCAUUAAAGCAUUGAUAUUUCUUCAUCAACUUAGCUUAGGAUCCCCAAAAAACCUUCUCCUCUCAGUCGCCAUGCUUUAGGUUUUUUUUAUCGAAGAGAGGGAGUUUAAUGGAAGUAGAGAGACCCCAUCAUCACAAUAACAGCACCAGCGAGCUCUUCAUCUGCUUCACCUCUCGCUUGUCUUCCUCCUCAUCCAUGAAGCUCUCGUCCAAGUCCAUUCUCAGCCCAGGUCGCAGCAGAGAACCGUCUCAGAUUACUCUGUCUACUUCUCUGAGCCGGAGGCUCAGAAACAAUGGCAGCAUAAAAGGCGGUAACGGUCAGGCCUCACCGAUGUUCCCGACGACCGGAAAGAAGAGGGGAUGUGCUUUCGAGAACCCAGAACCUUCUUCGCCGAAAGUAACAUGCAUUGGGCAAGUACGAGUGAAGACGAAGAAACAGGGGAAGAAGAUGAGGGCGAGAUCGAAGAAGAGGAGAGGAGAAGCAAGCUUUCGAAAGGCGGAGCAAGGGUUUUCAGAUCUUCAGAAUUUGCAGCAAGAAGCGGAUUUAACGCAUCGGAAUCAGAGAUGGGUUCACCUGCCACUGACGAUUUGUGAAGCCUUGAGAUCGUUCGGAGCCGAGUUCAGCUGUUUAUUUCCUUGCCGUUCGUCUUCUUGUGGGAGAGAGAAAGACGAAGAAGAGAAGGUAGGGAAAGGCGAGGGAUCUGGUGAAGGACAGAGUAGGGAGGGUUCUUGUGGGGCUGCAUUUGCGCGAUGGUUGGUGGCGUUGCAAGAAGGUGAAGUUAAGGGGAGAGAGAUUGAGCUGGUGGUGGGUGAAGAAAAUGAAAAAGAAGAUGAUAGAAAGGAGGAUACGCCAGAGAGAAGUAGAAGAAGACACGUGCUUGAAGAUAUUGAGAUUGAUGUAGAGAAGAAGAAUGAGGAGGAAGAAGAUAAGGCAAGAGUGAGUAUAUGUAUUCCUCCAAAGAAUGCUCUUUUGUUGAUGAGGUGCAGAUCUGAUCCUGUGAAAAUGGCUGCUCUCGCCAAUCGGUUCUGGGAGUCCCCUGCUCCGAAAGAUGAAGAAGUUGAACAAGAUGAUGAACUACGCCGAGAAGAAGAAGAAGAAGAAGAACAAGUACACAUGGAAGAAGAAGAGCGGGACAGAAUUGAAGUUCCAGCAGUGGAAGAAGAUAGCAGCAUUUGUGAACGAGAAAUCCCAGAAGAAGUAGAAACAGAAGCACAAUCAGUAAUUGAAGCUUGUGAAUCUGAAAUCCCAACAACCCCAGAAAUUAGUGAAGUUGCCGAAGCAAGUGAAGGAAAGCCAGAAGUCGAAGAAGAGCAAGCAAAGGAAAAAGAAGUCGAAGUCGAAGUUGAAGUUGAAGUUGAAGAAGGUAAUGGCAAUCUGAAAGACGAAAACUUGUGUGAUAAUUCUCCUGAAGUCCUCGCAGAUCUUGAAAAACCAGAACUUGAAGAGUUUCAUGAAGAGAAACUACAGGAGGAGAAGGACAACGGCGAAGAUUUUUGUUGCAACGAACUAAAAAUCUCAGAAUCUGCUUCAUUAUCGCCUAUAAUUUCUGUAACGUCAGAAUCAGAAAACAAUGAAGAAGAAAAAGUAGAAAUUUCUGUGCCGCCUGAAACAUCCGCACGAGAAGAAGCAACUGUGGAGUCAACGGAAAAGGAAGAACAAGAGAAAGAGACGGAAGAGGGACCUGGGGAAGACGAAUCGACAGCGACCCAAGUUAGAUCCGACCCGGAAGACCCGAAACCCAGGGAACAGAAGCAGGGUCAGGUUCUACCCGAUUGCUUGCUGUUGAUGAUGUGUGAGCCGAAGCUAUCUAUGGAGGUGUCGAAGGAGACGUGGGUGUGCAGUACGGACUUCGUACGGUGGCUACCCGAGAGGCCGGCGAAGAGAAAGGGCGGGGGAGAUGAGCCAAAGAAGAGGAUUAGCAUUGACGCCAAGCCGCCGCUGGGGCCGCCUCCACUGAUGCAGCCGCCGAGGUCGUCCUGUUCGUUUCCGGCGCCGGCGGCUCACGGCGGAGGGAUGUCAAUGGCGAGCAUGAUCGAGCAGAAGCUGGUGGGGUCCAAUGCCUACGAGCCAUUUGUACUUACUCGCUGCAAGUCGGAGCCGAUGAGGUCGUCGACUAAGCUGGCCCCGGACGCUUGUUUCUGGAAGAACAGGAAGCUGGAGCCACAUCACCGUCCGGCUGCGCUCGGCGUCGGCGCGGCUGGGGUUGGAUUUUGAUCUCAAUUCUUUUUUGUUUUUAACUUUCUUCAUAUUAUGAAAAAUAAUCUAUGAGAUUCUGUAGAUUAUUGGACAAGGUUUGGAAUCACAUAUGGUCAUCAUGAUGAAGUUACUGCAUUUAGGUUUUCCCUUGUAAAUUUAUCAGUGAUUUUCAGGUAAUUAUGGUUCUGUCCUGUACUUUUUUUUUUUUCUGAGCCAUGUCACAAAUUU